CUCGCAUAACAUAGGCAUGCGGUGAGUGCUCGUUCCCAAACGUAUUGGCAAAUUUUCUGCCAAAUUUGUCUAUAAAAGAGAAAUCUGGUAGUAAUAGAAGCUUAGCCUUAGAAUAUUGGAUUUUUCUGGGAGCCAUAUGCCGUCACCAAAAGAGCCAUAUAUGGCUCGCGAGUAGGGAUGUAAGUUUCAGAAUUUCGAAGCGAUUCGAAUCAACAUCAAUUCGAAGCAAUUUAGGAAAUUGAGACUUGAUUUUAUUUGGAAAAGAAUUGCAUUUAUAUAACACAGGGCAAUUGCACGACGCAGAGGCGAUGUCUCGUUACUUUACGUUUACAGCUUUCCAAAGUCCUAACACUCCCAGAAUUGUUAUAUUUCAUAUCGGUAGCAGCAAUCGUUUCGCUCUAUUUUGUUCGACUACUUAAAAUGUUACGAAGUUUCACAGAUAAUUUAAUAUAAUAAACGUUCAUCUAGAACAGCGUUCCCCAAACUGUGAUCCGCGAAACACUAGCGUGGGUGGACGGACAAACGAUCCUAUACAAUAACUUCUGCAGUAUGCGAAAGUUAUUGUCUCACUCCAAGAGUAGUGUGAUUAAUUUUAUUUGCAAUGGUAGCAGUAGCAUCCAAAUGCUCAAUUUGUUCUAAUUCUAAACAAGCGAAGAAUCGCAUUUGGAGGAAAUUGUACGUUAGAUACUGAAGUUUGAGCAGUCAUGUAACAUUCAUAGUUUGAGAAUAUUUAUUUUUCGCUGUUUGCAUAAUACAUUAAUACUUGCCAAGGUUUCUUGAAGAAUUAUCAACACUUACUACUAAAAAUUAGGCACGCUUAUAUCUGAAUUGUUUGAUUUGAAUAAAUCUUAAAUAAAUGAUGAAACAUUUACUGGGUGCAAUUAAAUAAUAAAAUCAACAACUUGAAUGGAACAUGAAAAAUACAAAUUUUGUGUCGAUAUUAAUAACAAUGUGCCCACAAAGCCUUCUUUUUGGCACCGGUGGAAUUUUUUGUAUGUGCGUGUGUGCAGUUUGAAGAAAGUUAACGGUAAUAUGAUGAUAUACUAAAUAGAAUCAGAUUCGAAAAGAUUUGAAUCGGAACAUUGUGAUUCGAAAAAAAAAAAUAUUCGAAACUUACAUCGCCCAUCGCGAGUCAUGGGUUCUCGACUUCUGUUUUAGGUAAAGCUCUAAUAUAGUGUACGAAUGGCCUCAAUAACGACAGCAAGUUACUCGGACCAGACGACGGCAGCACUCCUGCCAGAUGCAAAUUUAGAAACAUGGGAUUUCGUUGUUAUCGGUGUCUAUUUCGCAUUCAUAUUAGCUGUUGGGAUAUGGGCGAUGUGCAGCACGAAUCGUGGAAACGUUGACGGAUUCUUUCUCGCUGGGAGACACAUAACUUGGUUUCCUGUCGGAGCAUCUCUUUUCAGCAGCAAUAUUGGAAGUGGUGAUUUCGUCGGAUUGGCUGGAACAGGAGUGGUCGGCGGAAUUGCAGUCGGUGCAUUCGAAUGGAAUGCCAUGCUUACGCUCUUCUUCUUGGGUUGGAUAUUUGCACCAGUUUAUAUUGCUGCUGGAGUCGUCACAAUGCCCGAAUAUCUUGAGGCAAGAUUUGGAGGCCAAAGAAUUCAAGUGUAUUUAUCAGUGUUGUCGGUGUUGCUUUAUAUUCUAGUGAGAGUAUCGGCCGACUUAUAUUCCGGAGCAAUCUUUAUUCAAGAAGCUCUUGGAUGGAAUAUUUAUUUAUCUAUGGUUCUCCUUCUGUUGAUCACUGGAUUAUAUACAGUGACUGGAGGAUUAGCUGCUGUCAUAUAUACAGAUACUGCUCAAACUUUAAUCAUAACUAUUGGAUCAGUAAUCAUGAUGGUAUUGUCGUUUGAAAGCAUUGGGGGAUAUGAUCAACUGGAAACAAAAUACAUGCAAGCAGUACCAAGAUUGAGGCCAGCAAACACAACAUGCGGUGAACCGAGGGAGGAUUCUUUCAGCGUUUUUAGAGAUCCAGUUACAGGAGAUCUUCCUUGGCCUGGACUAACUUUCGGUUUAACAAUAUUAGCUACGUGGUACUGGUGCACAGAUCAGGUUCUUGUUCAAAGAACGUUGGCAGCAAAGAACUUGACACAUGCAAAAGGAGGUUGUGUUGUGGCAGGGUUUAUUAAAAUAAUGCCAAUGUAUACAAUUGUAAUGGUUGGAAUGGUCAGCAGAAUCGUAUUAACUGAUGCAGUUGCAUGUGUACUACCAGAAGAAUGUAUGAAAUAUUGUGGUUCGACCGUCGGUUGCUCCAAUGUUGCUUAUCCUAAACUUGUACUGGCAACCAUGCCAACGGGAGCAAAAGGAUUGCUACUUGCAGCCAUGGUUUCGGCCUUAAUGUCUUCUUUAACAUCAGUAUUCAACAGUUCUUCAACUUUAUUUACUUGUGAUAUUUGGACUAAGAUUCGGAAAAACGCAUCUCAACGAGAAUUAAUGAUUGUUGGCCGCGUUUUUAUUCUUUGCAUGGUGGGAGUGAGCAUUGCCUGGGUGCCAAUCAUACAGGAAGCUGCAAGUGGACAACUAUUUGACUAUAUACAGGCUAUAACAAGUUAUCUCGCUCCUCCAAUUGCAACUAUUUUUGUGACUGCUGUAUUUUGGCCAAGACUCAAUGAGCCGGGUGCUUUCUGGUCAUUGUUAAUCGGAAUGGUUAUUGGUUUAACCCGAAUGAUAUUGGAUUUUGUCUACACAGCGCCAUUAUGCGGAGAAGAAGAUACAAGACCACUGGUUCUGUCAAAGGUCCACUACCUUCAUUUCGCGUUGAUUCUUACGGCUUGUACGUUGAUAAUAGAAGUUAGUGUCAGCUUGUGCACUCCUCCUAUUGCCAGUGAACACUUGUACAGAUUGACAUAUUGGACCCGACUGAGUAAGAAGAAAAGAAUUCCAAUCGAACAGACUUUUGAACUUCAUGGAUCCGGUAACCAGCAGAACGAUGAUUUUAUCUUACUAGUACAAUUACAACAAUUUAACCAACAGGAAACUGAGGGAGGAUAUCCAAAUGAGGUGAUGGUUGGCGAUAAUGAAGAAAUGGCAAACGGGAAUGGAAAACAUCCUUCACAAAAAAAACAAAAGUCUUGGCUAAAAAGAGGAUUUGACCUCUUUUGCGGUUUUGAUGACCAAACCUCGAAGCAACCUUCACCGGAUUCUGUAAUAUUGGAUAUCAACGAAAAGAAAUGGCCAGCAUUAAUUGUGAACAUAGCUUGCGUGCUCAUGUUAGCCUCAAUGGUGUUUCUUUUUGCAUAUUACGCAUAAUACUUCACGUGAAGGGAGAAAUAAUGAGAAAAUUAUUACUUCUUGCAUGAUGUUAUUCUCCGUUCAAUGUUUUUUUUUUGAAUAAUCAAAACGAAUAAUUGCAUAAACAAUUUUAUUAUUGUCAAUCCCGAUAAUUGACGAGUCCAAUUAAACAGAUAAGAAUAAAAAGAAUUAUAGUUGAACAUUUUAUAAAAACGGAUUUUGAUGAAAAAUACAACUGAUCUAUUCGUAAUGUGUUUGUGAGUCACAAGUUACAACGGGGUUUUGCAUCAGAAUAACGUUUAUUCUGUGUCUGUGGCGAUAUAACGUUUGUCACUAAACUAUACAGUUCUGAAGCUCCCUGGCAGCGAAAAAUAUUCGAGAAUGCUAUCCAUAUUAUUGAUAAUCAAACAUAUUUCACCAAAAUUACAACACGGCUUAUAGAAUGAAAAAAACUUAAUUAAGGACAGGUUAGAAACGAUUUGAUUUUUACAGACGGAGGUUGUGGGGUUGUAUACUUGGCAGUCAGAAAAAUCACAUUCUACUAUAUUUUAAAUUAAAACCGAAAAACUUGAUAUAAAACUAAACAAGCAAUUGCGUCAUAAAUAUAAAUCCAAAAAUAUGUCGUGAGUCGGAAGUUCACUCAGUUUAUAAUAAUAAUAUAAAACAACGAAAUAUAUACUUAUAGAAAACAGGAAUGAACUAAAAUGUAGCUAAAAUUUUGCUCUCACAACGAUCGAUAAUAAGAUAAGUAUCCACCAGUUAAUAGAAUCGUAGUGUUUAUACCAGUAACCCAUUACUACACGAUAGAGGCAUCACAAAAAUACAUUUCCAAAAGACGUAGUUUUCCUCGUAUAUCAUUUAUACAUUGACUUCCUAUCGAAA